AUCUCGCCAAGCUUUGGAAUUGGCGCCAAUCAUUCCCCCCAAUUCCCUCCCCAAAACUCUAGGGUUUCCUCCGCCAUGGCGGGCGCCACCGCCGCCGCCCCGAUGGACAUCGACGCGCCCCCGGCCUUCAAGGGCAAGGGCCCGCUCCCCGCCUCCGCCGUCAAGUCCUCGCCCUGGGUCGAGAAGUACCGCCCCCAGUCCCUCGCCGACGUCGCCGCCCACCGCGACAUCGUCGACACCAUUGAUAGGCUUACAGAUGAGAACAGGCUUCCACAUCUGUUGCUCUACGGUCCACCUGGCACUGGAAAGACGUCGACGAUACUGGCUGUCGCGAGGAAGAUUUAUGGGUCACAGUAUGGCAACAUGAUUCUGGAGCUCAAUGCGUCAGAUGAACGUGGGAUUGGUGUUGUAAGGCAGCAGAUACAGGACUUCGCUAGUGCACACAGCCUCUCUUUUGGAGCGAAGCCUGCUGUUAAAUUGGUCCUGUUGGAUGAAGCAGAUGCCAUGACUAAGGAUGCACAAUUUGCACUGCGGAGAGUUAUUGAGAAGUAUACAAGGAGCACAAGGUUUGCACUCAUAUGCAAUCAUGUGAAUAAAAUCAUCCCAGCACUACAAUCUAGGUGCACUAGGUUUAGAUUUGCCCCACUUGAUGGCUCUCAUGUUACUGAGCGUCUUCAACAUAUAAUAAAGUCUGAGGGGCUUGAUGUAGAUGAGGGUGGUUUGACAGCCCUGGUGCGGUUAAGUAAUGGUGACAUGAGGAAGGCUUUGAAUAUAUUGCAGUCAACACACAUGGCAUCCCAGCAAAUAACAGAAGAAGCUGUCUACCUUUGCACGGGAAACCCCAUGCCUAAAGAUAUCGAGCAGAUAGCAUUUUGGUUACUGAACGAACCAUUUUCAUCAAGCUAUAAAUGUAACCAUACCAUUACUAUCAUUCAUGAAUUAUUGUCUAAGUGUGUGUCUAAUGCAAUCUGUCUCCUAAUCUUUUCAGAUAUAUCUGAUAUGAAGAUGAGAAAAGGUCUUGCCUUGAUUGAUAUCAUACGGGAGGUCACUAUGUUUGUGUUCAAAAUAAAAAUGCCAUCCGAUGUACGAGUAAAGUUGAUUAAUGAUUUGGCAGAUAUUGAGUAUCGACUAACCUUCGCCUGCAAUGACAAACUGCAGCUUGGGGCACUGAUAUCAACUUUCACAACUGCUCGCACAGCUCUUGUUGCUUCUGCUGACUAAUUUGAACAUGGUGAUGAUUUUGUUGCCCAUGGAUGCCCACUCUGAUCUGCAAAUGAUGUGGCAGCAAUUUAUCUAGUAUGUAUUUAGCAGUAAGCUUAAAUCAUGUCGUGGAGGAAUUUUCAUGUAGAUUUGAUGUCUGUCUGCCAUUGAGUGCUAGCUUGUUGGGGAAAUUUGGUAGUGCUUUAUGUUUAUUGAACUGUAAGUGAAUGUUGUCAGGUUUAGGAGAUGUAUGAUGCAUGUAACAUUUUAUGCAGUAGGGGUCUAUUGACAACUCAACUAAUCUUGGCGCCCAGAACCAUUGCCUCGGCUCUAAAAUCAAGAUGUGUACAACUUUAUGGCGAA